AUGCCGCCCGAUACGCAAAGAGGGUCGGUGACUGCCACCGAGGCAAUAGCCGUCGUUAACCAAGUGCCCGUAGAUAUCCUGAAGCCCGCCAGAGUGCGGGUCCUACUGGCUCCCGUGGGUCCCUUUCGCAAAAACACCUUCCAGAAAUAUGUAGACAUCAUAUCUCAGUUCUCAGUCAUCUUGACCGCCGACUUGACCAAGCCUGACCUUACAAAGACCCCGUCAAAGUAUGCGGAACAGAUGUAUGAACGGGAGGGAUAUAUUCACAUGAACUAUGUCACUUCGUACGAUAAAGAGCAUGGGCCCCUGGAGGAGAUGCAGGUCUGGCGGCAGGUCGUGGCGGUCAUCGGUAUCAUGCAUUGCCAAGAAGUGCAGAGCAUAGGCGACGGAGUUAAACGAUUCCAAACAAUCCUGACGCGGUACCCUGGAGUCCUCGCCUCCCGAUGUUUUGCGUUCGAGCCUGCGGACCAGCAAGCAGAUGACACGCGUGGAUGUAUCAUGAUUCCGGAUGACCCGAAGAAGCUCUCGUUUUACUUGAUGACGCAGAUAAAUGAUCUCGCGAAUGAGCUGUUGGUGUCAUUUGGCAACAUGGCAGCACAUGCCGAGAAGCGACCGAUGAUCAAUGGACCAAUCAUGGCAAUGCCUGCACUUAGUCCAGGGGCAUUAUCGAUAUCCUCACCUAUGUCUGUGGGAGGAACAUCUUCGCCGUUUACACCAAGCGGGUUGAUAUCCGGCCAAGCUUCGUCCGCGUCACUUACCAGUCCGGUCGCGGGCUCGGGGUCGAUGAACAGGGAUCCGUCCAUUAGUUCCUUGGCCACACAGGACUCGUCCGCAUCGAUGUUGGGGAGCUUGUUCACAGCAGAUAAGACGAAGAAGAGGACGCCAGCUAGAGCACAGAAAAUUGUGGGAGAUCUCUUUCUUUUGGCUGGCGCAUUGGAUCAGGCGAUAGCCAGCUUCACGUCUGCUCUGGAAGCCAUGAAGGCAUCCGGCGACUAUCAGUGGCAGGCGUCAGCAUUAGAGUCAUAUUACUGUGCUCUGACGCUGUCCUUGCUGCCCAAGACUGGCGCAUGGGUAAUAAUGUUUUGGCAGAUUCGGACGACGUCUUAUUUCGCAAAGCCUACAGACCCGAGCGAAGGUCAACAAGAAGAAGGCGCUUUCAGCAGACAGCCGCUUGGCCCGCCGACAUAUAACGUGAUCUUCGAAGGGGCGCGCUCACAUCCUCAGUUCCGAAUGCUGAUUUGCGACAUCCCGGAACGGUACCGUGAAAUCGCGUCGUUAUAUGAGAAGGCAUAUCAACCAGGGCUAUCCGGUUAUUAUCCAUACUUGCACAUAUCGGCGUAUCUGACCAUGUCAAAGUUCCUCGCUACCAUGUGGUUGACCAGAUUCAACGGGCCUGUUACAAACGGCGCGGGUAUCGCUUUGUAUGCACCCGAAAGCAAAGGGAUAGCGGAUCUUGCGUCGAAUAUCGGGAUCACCAGUGCUGGAGGACGUACUGGCGGCGCAAGUGGAGGUGGGCCCGCUGGGGCCGCAGUCGGUGGGCAGACUUCCGAUAAGGAGAGAAUUAUCCUGCAUGGAGGGCUGGGGUGCUCGCGGGCAGACGUAUCAUCGUGGGCCAUGAAAGCUUGGGCAUCUGGGGUUGAAAACUCGAGUUCCGCUGACCAGCUGCGGUGCGCCACGUCCAUCACCACCGCAUAUGCGCUGAUAGGAUAUUGGAGAAAGCAUGCUUUUUUCCUGCGACAAACAUCUUUGCUACUCGCUGCCCACUACAAAGACGGAUCACGCAGAGUUGGGCGAAAUAGCUCCCUGCCCAACAUCUCUGAAGAUCUGGAGGAUCGGCCGGCAAGAGUACCUGACACUGCGGGGUUGAUGGAAUGCCUACGAUGUGUCUGCGCGGCAUAUGCAUCUGAGGACAGCAACCUCAACAAGCCCGUAAAGUCGGAAGCUUUGGACUAUAUUAUAGACACCAUCGAUGAUGAUACAGAGGACUGGGCCGACGAAUUCUUCAACGAGGACGAUCUGGAUACAGAGAACGGCGAACCUGCCCUAAUGCGGCAGCCUUUACCAAUCUCACGCGUUCGCGGUGGUUGGAGUGAUUUGAGCAUUGAUGCUUUCCUUGAGCUCAUUGAUAUUGCCAAGUCCCUCGAUGAGCACAAGUUUGUAAUCAGAUACUCUCUGCGACUCCUGCAGCGCUUCUGGAAGUACAUAGAUGAAUAUGAGCAGAGCGACAUCCUGCGGAUACUGGAGGAUGAGGCCAAACUUCACCCAGUCAAGGCACAAUCUCUUUCCGAGUCUUGUCGCAUCCCCGUUGUCCGACGGAUCGAAGUUGUGAGGCAGGUCCCCACACAAGUUCCGUACCCGCACGCCCGCUCACUGUUGCGGGGAGUUGCAGCCGCGCAGGAUGCGGAUGCGAAAGAUCCUUUCCUGUACAACCCUUUUGCGGACAAAGGCAAAUUGAACAAGAAAGACCUUGGUCGUAGCGUCGUACUGGUAGCGGGGGAAGCGGCACAUUUUGAUAUCACCCUAGCGAAUCCAUUUGCUUUCGAGCUGGAAAUUGAGGAUCUGACCAUCUUAACGUCAAAUUUGGACUUCAAAGCAACUCCAAAUUACCCAUUCUUCAUCCCUUCGUCAUGUCGAAGCUUCAGUGUCCGUCUCUCCGGUGUCCCACUUGAAGCCGGAACGUUGUAUGUCCGCGGCAUCCGGGCGAAGCUUUUCGGCGGGGUUGAGGUUGAAGUCGAUUGCAUUUCGAAGCUCCUUGAGGAUACACGACUGAGGACCAAGGAUGGACGGAGGCGAAGGCAGGAUGAAAAGUCGAGAUUUGGGAAGAGGGCUGAUGCGGGGAAGCAGUCGCACAGGAGAAUCGUCCGCUUGCUUAACCUUGUAUCAUUUUGCAGGGUCAAGCCAAGUGACUGGUUCUUCCCCAUAAAAGUUAUCCCACCACAAGCAUCUUUAAGGUUCAUCAAAGACGCUUCCAUGCCCAUGUCUCGAAUGCUAUUCGAGGGGGAACGAACGAUGUUUCCCAUCCGACUAGAAAACAUCGGCAAAACAACCAUCGACUUCCUCUCCGUCGGCCUUAUCGAGUCCUACGCACCGCAAGGCGAGAAGCUGCUUUCGCCGGACGGUCAGGAGGAUCCGGAAGAAGUCUAUGAGAGGGACGUACAUAGGAGGAAUAUCCGCGCUUUGUGGGUGGAGCGCAAUGGGGUGGCUGUCGGUCGCGCUCAUGGGGAUGCGGUGGCGGAAAGGAUUGCGGUUAACAUCGCGCCUGGAGAGGAGAUUGAGAUUAUGAUUGGGUUGUUUGGGAAGACCGAAUGCGUUGGAGGCACCAUCACAGUCUCGUAUGCAACGGUGGGCGAGGACCCCACUGCCGAGCCUCCCGCCUCGGAAACAUUUUACACCCGCACGUUGGUGCAGCCGAUCAUCUUCACCGUCGUCGAGUCACUACACCCCAUCAACAUGGACAUGAUGCUGCUCACCAAUCGCGACGGCUUUGUCAGUGGAGAGCAGCAAGUGGAACGCAACCUAAGUUUGGAGGAGAUGACGGUGGAUAUCAUCGAUGUCCAAGAGGGAGGUGGAGCGUUUCAAGCUGGCGUCCAGAGGAGUGAGGAGUACUUUGUGGUCGCCCUGGAUUUAAAGAACUUUUGGAGAGGCGUGUUUGAAGUUGGCUUUGAGGUUUAUGAUGGCGAUAUAGACGGGGUCCCGUCGUACGAAUCGCGAACAAUGGUUCACGCCGGGACAACGAAGCGGAUACAUCUGCCGAUGAAGCGCCUUCGUCUUCCGAAUUCGAUAACCCAAGAACCCAUCCCACAACCGGAAUGGAAGCAGUUCGUCGUAGGCAAAACGCGCAAGCGCGCCGCUGCAGAAGAACGCGAACGUAGAAUGUGGUUCUGGUACAGGGAGGAAAUCCUCAAGCGCGUUCGAGUUCUAUGGACUGCGAGCGGACGGAGAGGGGCGGUCGAUCUCAGGCGCGCGUUAACGCUCACUAAGGAGCUGGGCAGAGUUGUGAGAAAGUGUCCCAUCAGUGUUGCGGUUGUGGUUGAAGGCAGGACGACGGAUGCUAAUGGCCUGUGCAAAGUGUCGUUGUGGGAGACAGUGGUCGUUCGGUGGACGGUGCACAAUCGUUUGGGUAAGUUUUGGAUUUCUACGUACAAUUCUGCUCUUUGUUUACCAAGCCUUUGA